UCCCUUCCUAUUUCUUCUCAAUUCCUUUUAUUUUAUUUUCUUUUCUCUCUGACCUUUAAUUUCACAAAAUAGAAAACAAAAAUAUCAAAAUACCGAAUCUACCCCCAAACCGGCCUUUUUCACAGAUCUGUUCUCCAUUCACAAUUUCGCCUCCAUAAAUUUUCAAUUUCGUCCCUGUUCUCUCUCUGCUAAUCCGUUUCACAGUCCUCCUAAGCUGAUUAAUAGCUUAGACCAUUAAAAUCAGGGAUUGUGAAGCUGAUAUUUGAUGGAGGGAGUUGGGGGUGAAGAUGCGGCGGCUUCGUCACCAGUAGCGCAAUGGGGACAUGAAGUAUGGAGAAUGUUUCAGUAUUAUUUGGAUAAGACUACACCUCAUACAGUCUAUAGGUGGAUCGGGUCUGCUGCGGUUGUGGCUAUCUACUGUCUGCGGGUUUUUUAUGUCGAGGGAUUUUACAUUGUUUCCUAUGGUCUUGGAAUAUACCUGCUGAAUUUGCUUAUUGGGUUUUUGUCACCUCUGGUUGAUCCUGAAAUUGAGCAUUCGGAUGGAGCUCUGUUGCCUACUAAGGGCUCUGAUGAAUUUAAGCCAUUCAUUCGCCGCCUUCCUGAGUUCAAAUUCUGGUAUUCCUUCACUAAAGCAUUCUGCAUAGCAUUUGUCAUGACUUUCUUUUCCAUGUUUGAUGUCCCUGUCUUUUGGCCUAUACUACUCUGUUACUGGAUUGUCCUUUUUGUCCUUACAAUGAGACGCCAAAUUACACACAUGAUCAAGUACAAGUACAUACCAUUCAGCAUGGGAAAGCAGAAGUACGGUGGUAAGAGAAGUUCUGCAAGUAGCAGCGGCUCUCGUGGGGACUAAACACCUCAACGGCGGGUUGAUAGGGUAUGUAGGAGACUAAAAAGGUUUUGAUGGGUCGCAGACGGAACAAUUCAUGAUGAUUGAUUUAAUUCAUUUCGAAGGACAUGCAUUAUUGUUAUGAUGGAUGUGUAAUAGGCAGUUGGAAUUGUGGCCUGGCAAUUUUAGUUUGACAGAAUGGUGAUAUUGCAGAUUGAAACUUGUAUUGUUAUACAUAUAUUAAGAUCUGCCAAAGAUGUAAACUGCUUGAGCAGUGUUUAUUAGUAGUUCACUUGGUAGUUUCUUCAAUCAAAAAUGUCUGUCUGUAGCAGUUGGUGUGGUGAAAGUUUCUUGCUUAUCAGAAGCUUUAAAAGCCACUUGAAUACCUUUUUUGCAUUGCCAGUUGAAAAUUCAAUUUUUUAA